AUGCAGUUGCCUGGCAUCGGGAGGCUGGUGAUGCAGCUGGUGGUGCAGCUGCAUCGGCAGGCGUCGCGAGCUCUUUGUGGAGCCCGGCACGCCGGGAACGACGAGCAAUGCACCGUGGCACUGCAGGAUUUCGCCGUGCUUAGCGCCUUUGCCCGCGACGUCGCGACAGCCCUCCGCGCUCUCGCAAGCCGCCCUUUCCGGCUGACGGCCUUCGUGCUCCUGUCGCGGCUCUGCAAGGAGAGGGAGACCGUUUGCCGGAUGCAGAGGCAGGAGCGCCGGCCACAGGCCCUUCGCACAAUGCAGCCCCGACUACGCAAGGCUUCUCAUUGGAACUCACAGACGGACGCUUUGCCUCAACAGCUGUUCGGCUCUGCCGACUGGCCCGGGAUGCAGGGACCGAGCGCGAGGUGUCUCCGCUUUAUUGCUUUAUCCCUUAGCAUCACCACGGACUGCGACUGGGGAUGCCCCCUUGCACAUCCCACGGCACCUCUGCGCCAGGGCCUCCAAACCUCUCUGAUCCGCUUGAUGGCGGCGGUGUCUCGCUGGGCUGUCGAGGGAACCAUGGAGGUCGCGGAGGCCGAAAAAGUGCUUCGUGAAAGCCUCGAGGCUUUCGGGGCCCUCCAGGAGUUGCACCGUGGUGUCCCUCCGCUCCAAAUCCAGGCGGAGCUCGGUGCGGGUUUGCCCACGCUGCUGCGCUUCGUUGCAAGGCUCGGCACUUCGCUUGGCCCCUCGCUUGCGAAGCUUCUGGAGUUCACCUUGGCAGAGCACAGUGCUGCAUUGCUGCUCCCGCGACUGCCUUCGCUUACGGCAUGUCUUUUGCUGGCCACGGAGAAGGGCUCUUGGAGCCUUCGGCCUUUGGCCUGCGCCGUCCGCCGCUUUGGCGAGGCACCCAUGCGCUGUCCGCCAGGCUUCGAUGCGGCUUGGCUUCAGGCAGCUCUGGCGGAUGCAGAUGCAUGCGGCCCCCUUGCCGAGUUGGUGCCCGCCUUGUGCGGGGCCAGUGUGAUCUCUUCCUCCGGCACCUUGGCAUCCGCGCUGAAGGCCGGUCCGUGGAGUGCCACAUCGCCGUUUGCGGAGGCUCUCUUGGCCAAAGCUGAGCUGCAGGAGAAGCCCCGUAUCCUGGCAGAGCUGCUCUCGAAGAACGCAGGUGUGGCAAAUCCGCAGAGCUGGCGCUUGCUGCUCCGGGCGCUCGACACCUUCGGCGAGGUGGAGCUACUGCAGGAGUUGCUGACAUCGCCAGGGUACGGGGCUCCGGCACAGCGCGCAGCGCUGUGGCUGGCCCUGGCCAGGGCUCUGCGUCGCCGCCUCGAACACCGCCCUGAGCCUCAAAGCGAGGCUGCCUGGCAACGGUAUCUGUGCAAGCUUCUCAGGGUAAUGGACGAAGAGGCCUCGUCUUGUGCCUCCACGCAGUGGGCCUCACUCGCCUCUGCGCUGACUGCCCUGAUCGCGGCCAGCUUGCUGGCAGGUGAAGAAGGUGGUGAAGAGGUGGACCGGGCCCAGCAAAAAAAGCUGUUGUGCUGCCGUGCCAAUGCUGGAUCCGGCGUCUUGACUCGGAAGCGAAUGGAGAUUCGAUCUGUGCUCCCUCCAUGUUGUCUCAGGUCCCUGGCAGCGCUGCCAUCGCCCUUGGAAUCGGCUCCGAACUUCCUUCGCCGCCGCCCCGUCUUUGGCCGCACGUCACGAACGCGCCGUGCGGUCCAGGUGGGGCACUGCGCAAUCGCGGCUGUUGCCUCCGUGCUCGAUUUCCUGGAUGUAAUCCUGACAGGUGCCUUGCCUGAGAACUUGGAUCAGCUCAGGCACAGCGACUUCGACUUCUGCCCGCUGCCCGCGCUGCAGCACCGAAAUGCCGCUUGGAGACAGCAUCUUCGAACCUUCCGAGCUCGUUGA